GUUUGUUGAUAAUAGUUUGUAAACUCUUUCUUGUUGAAAUUUUGUCUCAGAAAGUCACUAUGGUGCCAGAGAGCUACAACAACUCAAGAACGCUGACUCCCAACUUUAUAUCCCUAAUUAUUUCGGGAGUGGGCUUGUGUUUGGGAUUUUUAGUGCAUGCUGUGGCAGUUUUCCUGCCCAAUUGGCUUGGUUUCUCUGGCCUGACCUCGCUAUGGGACUAUUCCCUCAUUGACUCGUCUGGACCCGACUGGUUGAAUGCUACUCGAGCGAUGGAAAUUUUUGGUUUUCUGAUAUCUCUACUCGCCGUGGUUCUCUUCAUCAUUAUUCUCGUUAAAAGUUCUUCCAUUCAACAUUCAGGCACACCAGUUGAGAGGGCUGUCAACGUCUUGCUUUUUCUUUUCAUGUCAUUACUUUUUGCAGCCGGGUUGGUCAUCUUCAUUGGAAUUAUCAUCCUUAUGGUAUGGCACAGACUUCACAUAGCUUGUUAUUUGUCUGGCACUGCUGGGGUACUCUUCUUGGCAGCCGCUGGACUAUCUGGUACGGCCAUCAUUGAUCUCAACACAAACAAGUAAACAGGAUGUCGUGAGGUAUUGCACAGAUCUGAUUUUGUCACAGUGAUCCGAUUUGGCGAAUAGAACGAUUUCUUGGGUUACAUCAUCCGUUAUUAAGGCAGCCAAUAAAAAUGUAGUACAAAAAUGAGGUUGAAAAUGAAGAUUUCAUUUUCUGUGACGUGAUGAUUUCCCGAGAUAUCGCAUUGAUAAGAGAUCAUUGGUAAGGCUGUCAAUAAAGAUGUGACUUAAACUGUCCUCCCUUGCAGAAAAGGGCACAACUCUGAAGUUUUUGUUUUGGUGUUGAUGAGAGUUUUUUUGUUUAGUUUUUUCUGUUUGAUUUUUUGUAUUAAAUCACCGUCUUUUUCAUAUAUAGCUGGAAAAAAAAAUAAUAAUAAAUGUCUAAGGACCAAACCUAUUUUUUUUUCUGAUAAGGUUGAGUUCUGCUCAAAAAAGAAUUUUUUUAAGGAUUGCUUAAUUGAUUAGUUUUCCAUUUCCUUUAUCGAAUAUGUACCUAGGUGACAGAUCCCUGUCUUAUUUUGUUACUGAGUUACAGAUUUAUCUUACCUAAGCCUAAUGUACGGCUGUAUUUUCUGUGGUAGGAGUAAGCCAUAGUCUAGUGGUUAAAGGUGCUUUCAUUUGAAUCACUGGAACACAAAGGGUGCGGGUUCAAACCCGACAUUGGACUGUGAAUUUGUAGAGUCCCCCGUUGGCACUGUGAAGGGACUGUGGUGACAGUGAGGGGCCUGUGAUGCUCAGGGCCCAGUCUUUCAAAAGCAUAUUAGCAUUAAAGCCUGGUAUUAACUUUGAUCUGGACUGACGUGCCAUUUCUUCCGUAUUUUGUCGUGACUGGUAUUAAGAUUUAAGUCUUUGUUUUGUUUUUUUGACACAUAUGAACAACUGACCCCAGAUUCCCUGUCAUCACACAGUCUACUGUUUAUGUAUCUUAGCUUUGUAGACAUCUACUUACAUUGACUUACGGCAUGAUACUUCAGUGAUGGCACACUUUGGCAGCAUGUCAUCGCCCUGCACUAAGAUGACACAUUAUAUGUACACACACCUAAUGACUCCUCGUCGUCAUUUGACUGAAAAAUUGUUAAGUAUGACGUAAAACCUCAAGCAUUCAUUCAUUCAUUCAUUCAUUCUACAUUGAUCUGUUAAAACACUACUGUUAAAUUGUAUCUAUAGAAAAGCUUGUCAACUAAAGUGCUCUUGGGAUGUUCGCAAAUCCUCUGGGGCCCAGUUGUUCAAAAGUGUAUUAGCAGCUACAGUUUUAUGGCUAAAUCACCUACAUGGUUAUUACUCAUUCUCUCUGUAGUGGCUUACAUCUGCAGUGGUCUGAUCAGCGAUUGGUUGAGACAGCUGGAGAGAAGUGUUUUUGUCUAGUCUCAUACACUGUUGUAGGUUUUGGAUAGAUUUGCUCAUAGCAGUACAAGCGUAGCUAUUAAACUAAUAUCACAUGUGUGUAUAUUUAAGAAAAUGUAUAU